GUAGGAGUCACCAUUCAGCAAAGAGAAGAGAACUCAAGAGAACUCAAAAGUGCCACGAUUCUUGGGGCUCGAAGCGAACUGGCGGAAUGACAGGAUGGCAGCGCGGAGAGUUUCUUGGCGACGCCACUGGCCUCAGAGAACCACCACCUCCCUCUCUCCCUUUGUCCGGGAGCCAACAACGAUCGGGAAUUCAGAUUAGCUCGGAUAGUCCGACUGCCAUUGACUUGUCAUUGAUUUCUUGUCUCUCCGUCUCCGUCCUGGUUGAGAAUGUCUCAUGCUGGCAGGGCUCACCUUGACACUCUUUCGGACAUGUCAGUGAUGGUGCAUCUCAUGCAUGCCUCGGCUAAUCUCCCCACGGCAGUUGGAGAGUCCCUCUGGUCAUUCAUUCACUCUCCGCCACGCAGCUGCUGUCAAGUCUUGGCCAGUCCGGGGUUGCGGGGAUUGCGAAAAAAAUGCGGGGAAAGCUGCCAGAUGCUGUGUGAUCCACUGCAUUCUGGCCUUCGUCUUCCCUCCUGUCGGCUAUCAGUCUGUGCUUCAUGAAAACCUUGAUAUCCCCUAUCACCCCCCGGGAGAGCAAAUGAUUGGGGUUCAAUGGUGGCCCCCAACUAUGCAGCUGUCAUGAUCGGGGGGGAAGUCACCCGGUGAGGAGUCCCUGAACACGUGGAACGGCCCUUCACUGGGUGGAGGUUGUCUUGGAUCCUCGUAAAGAGAUGCUUGGCAAAAGGAUGAUAAGAACCGCACACAACAGCCGAGCCAGACUCAAUCAUGACGCGGACAUCCCGAUCAUUUGCUAUUGGGACGAGGCUCGGAUCGUGAAGUCGGAACUGCUGGUGUUGACGUUGAGAAGAGCAUCCGGGUUAAGGAAUUAGCCAGGUUGGAGGCAAGAGCUAUAAAAGCGCUAUAAGAUCCCUGCUAGGGGGGUGUGUGUGUGUGUGUGUUGUGAUACAUACAUACUUUGUCCCUCGAGGCGCAGGAUCCUCUCCGCACUUUCCUCUUCAUCCACCUUCAUCCAUUCACCCAAAACCCCCCCCCGUGCCCACCACGAUGCAAGUGGAUUCAGUGGCGUCCGAGAAGGGACUCUCGCACCACCACGAG